ACAAUACUAUCGAUACAUUUCGUGACAAGUUAGAUCUCGCUCAAACAAAAUUUGUUCAAGACUGGAAUGGUAUUCGACCGAAACUUAACUGUUACGGAUAGUAUAAAUGCACACAUUGUUUUACAUUUGAAAAUAUUUUACCAGAUCGAGAUCUGACCGCGAACGAACCGUGAUCGACCUUAGUAUGGAUCCAGCCUAACAGUUAUUAUAACAUCUCCAAAAAAUUGUCGUUCCGAUUUUAAUACAGAAUGUUGAAGUUAUUAACAAAUGCAAUUUUUGUUUUUGCGGAAUAGGGGAAAUAUUCAUAGACGCCCGUGCGAUUGAAUGGUGUCGGAUUCCCGAGGAACGUGUUCUCAGCCCUUCCGACUAAGCCCCUUUAACGCAUCAGGACGUCACACGGAGUGUGAAGGAUUUUCGCUUAUAACGCGGAAAUCCACGCGCUGUGUAAUAACAGACUAACGAUAUAGAAACCGAGCACGUGUAUAAGCCGCGCGUGGAUUACAAUUCCAUGAUCCGUGUAACUGUAUUUGUAGAAUUUCGUUAUCUUUCGAAUAACACCUCACUCAACAUUGACAUUUUUAGGAAAUGUUUUGCUCUGUUUCAAUUUCUUAGAAUGCGAUUUUAACAAAACUCAUUCUUAGCGCUCCUCUAUGCAACAGUCAGAAUAUGCUCUUAAUGUUCCAUUCAAAUCCACCUAAAUGUUCCAAAUUGUUUCAAUUAAGUGAUAUCUAUAAUAUACCAAUAUUAGAUCACGAAAUCAUAAAAAAAUUAAAAAGUGUAGAGAUGCCUCUACAAGAUAAUGUAUACUGUACGUACAUGUGUCAAUUGUAAUCAACUUAUCAAUUCCUAAAAAGUUAGAUACUGUGGAGUACAAUUUAACCUCUUACGGUUUGACUUUAAACUUAUAAUUUACCUCUGUUUACAAUAUAUUUUCAGUACUCCUUCGUUUACGAGUGUGAUAAGAAGCCGAUUAUUACCAAAUUCAGAAUGAAACCUUACGAACUGAUUGUGAUUUGUAUUCUACUAGCGAGUACAUCUUGGGCAGCUGAAAAUUACGACGACAUACCGGCUGAUUGUACUCUAACUGGUAAUUCCUUGGAUCCUCUAGCUUCAAUAGUAUCCAAUUGUACAGAGAUUUUGGUAAAGGAUUUCGAAGUGCCUGCUGGUCGUAAUUUAACCAUAGAACCACAAGAUGGUACCACAAUAGUAUUUUCAGGACGCAUUACUAUUGGUUACAAAGAAAUGAAGGGGUCCCUUAUUAUAAUUAGGGGCAACAAUCUGACAGUUAUCGGAGCUCCAGGACAUAUUUUCGAUUGUGAUGGAGCCAGAUGGUGGGAUGGACUUGGCGGAGGGGGCGGAAAACUAAAACCAAAAUUCUUUAGGAUUCAAAACGUCACCAAUUCAAUUUUUAAAGACCUAAAUAUUAAAAAUACGCCCACCCAGUGCUUCUCAAUUAACGGCUGCCAGAAUGUGACCUUAACAAAUAUCACCAUAGAUGAUUCGGAUGGCGAUAAACAAGGAGGUCACAACACUGAUGCUUUUGACACGUCAGCAUCAAAAAGGGUUACAAUAAUGAAUUCUCGUAUUUUUAAUCAAGAUGACUGCCUUGCUAUCAAUUCCGGAAGUGAUCACGUAUUCAUAAAUAACACUUGCUCAGGAACUCACGGAAUUUCCAUUGGAUCUGUCAGAAACGCGGUUGUUGAAAACAUUUUUGUUAAGAAUUGUACCGUAGUAAACUCUGGUACUGGUGUACGCAUCAAGACAGUAUUCAACACUACCGGAAUUGUAAGAAAUAUUACGUAUGAAGAUAUUAUUCUAGAGAAUAUUAGAGAUUACGGUAUAACCAUCCGUGGAGAUUACGUAAAUAAUGGAGUAACUGGCCCUCCAUUACCAGGCUUUAACAUAUCUGACAUUACUCUCCGAAACAUUCAUGGUACUGUCCAAAGGCGUGGUACUAAUGUUAUCAUUCUGUUGGCAGAUGGAGUGGCAUCACAUUGGACGGUAGAAAAUAUUGAUGUUCAUGGAGGAGGAAGACGUCCUAACUGUACUGGAAUACCCAUUGACAGUGGAUUGAAAUGUGAGGAUUAUAAUGGAAAAUGAUGUUUUUAAAAUGUAUUUCAAUUAAUGUUACGUAUGUCCUUUCUAUGAAAAUAUAAGUAUAAUUGUCGUU